AAGCGUACGGAAAGAUAGCUUUGAGCUGUCUGCCAGGAAUCUGCUUGGAAACGAUAGAGGCAACAAGAAACGACGAUUACAGUUUUUGGACAUACUCUUUAUCUCUAACGUUGUCAUUGAUUGAACACGAGGGAGUCUGAAGUGACUUGCUAGCUUCUAUAGCACCAUGGAUAUGUGGACCGGUAACUGGAGCCAUGUGAACGGGACGGAUGGCGCUUUCGACCCACAAGCGCUGGAGUUCGCCCCGGCCAUUGUCUCAACAAUCAGGCUUAUUUCUCCAGUGGUGUACGGGACAGUAACCGUUGUGGGUCUGCUAGGGAACAUGUUAGUAAUCUACAUGUUGCUGUGCCACACCAAGGCAAAGGACGCUACAAACUGUUACAUUCUCAACCUGGCAUUGGCUGAUACUCUCUUCCUGCUCGGGGUACCCUUCAUCUCAGCUUCAUCUGCCAUGGGACGCUGGGUGUUCGGGGGAGCCAUGUGCAAGAUCGCACUGUCGCUGGACGCCUUAAACAUGUUAAGUAGCGUGUUUAGCCUGGUCUCAUUGAGCAUGGACCGCUACCUAGCCACAGUCCGCGCCAACACCCAUCCUCAUCUCCGCCAGCGAAAGGUGGUGACCGCCGUUAUCCUGUCCGUCUGGGCAGCUGCCUUCAUACUGACCAUCCCCGUCAUGGUGGUCAGCGGAACCACUCUACUGGAAGACGGCACAUACGCCUGCACGCUCAACUGGCCUGAGGCUGAGGCUAUAUCCUGGCACAAAGCGUUCACGUCUUACACCUUCAUAAUCGGGUUCGUCCUCCCCGUGUUGGUGAUCAGCGUGUCUUACCUACUGGUGGUCCGUCAUCUCAGGCGUAACACGUCCACACACGCCGCGGUGGCCAGAGUCUCCAUCAAGAUGCGGACAAAAGUGACUAAAACGGUUACGGCAAUGGUCAUGACCUUCAUAGUGUGCUGGUUGCCGUUCCACGUGUGUCAGCUGGUGGGUUUGACCACAGACGUGCGCCCCACGCCAGCAGUGCUGGUGCUGUUCCACAUGACCUUGGCCAUGACCUACGUAAACAGCUGCGUGAACCCCAUCCUGUACGUCUUCAUGAGUCAGAAGUUUCGAGGGAGCUUUCGCGCCGCGCUGCGUCUGAAUCGGAAAACGUCCUCUGAUCGGAUGUACGUCCGCCAGAGCGCCACCGUCGCGCGCCGUCGGCUGGAAAUUCCCGCCUUUUUCGAGGAGGAAAAAUGUGAGGUAAAUGUUGGAACUGUUCAGUGUUCAGGAGGAGUUAUCUAUUCGUUUGAAAGUGCUUUGUAGAACAUUACAAAUAAACUGUCAGAAAAUAUUCUGUUCAGGAUAAAUCAAAAAUAUUUUGAGCUUCUAUGGACUUCUGAUUCACCUAGCUAACAAAAGUACAUUGUUAAUACUUGCCGGUUAUUUACCUUCUAUCAA